AUGUUCUUAAAACUUUUAAUUAUUAUUGCAAUCGGGAUUUUUUCCUUCAAUAAGCUUUCAGCAAAGCCAGCAAAGAAGGCUGACAGUGGGGAUGAACGUGAGCCUACAGCACAUUCUUCUAAGAGUAUUUCGAUUUUGAACAACAGUUGGUUGUUCUUUUUGUAUUCGACCCUGCCAUUGAAUUAUGUCUCAAGACUUUGGGGUGAAAUCAACCACAUUACUGUCCCAAUCCUUUUGAGACCAAUCUUCUACAAGACUUAUGCUUUCUUUACCGGUUCCAACUUGAAUGAGAUGGUUGACAAGGACUUAACACAUUAUGAAAACUUGGCGGAAUUCUUUUACAGAGAGAUCGAUACCACAUUGAGACCUGUUUUCCCAGGUGAAGAUGUUGUAACUUCCCCAGCUGACGGUAGGGUAUUACAAUUUGGUGUCAUUGAUGCUCAAACUGGUCAAAUUCAACAAGUUAAAGGUAUGUCUUAUUCAGUUACCGAGUUCUUAGGUACUCAUGACACUGUUACUGGCCACACUGAGGAAAGUUUAAAAUGUGAAGAUACCAAGAACCACGAAGCCCGUAAGAGUUGUGCUCAAUUUAAGCAUUUCUUUGAAGAAGAUGACACAUUCUGUGGUACUGAUGACAAGAUUGAUCCUCGUUCUGGUGUUACUGGUUCCUUAUUACAAGAAUUGACUGGUGUUGAUGUUCCAUUCUACAAGCAAUGUACCUCUGUCGACUUGCAACCUAAGAAGAAUGAAUUGUAUUAUAUUGUUGUGUACUUGUCUCCAGGUGAUUACCAUCGUUUCCACUCCCCAGCCAACUGGGUCUGUAAGUUACGUCGUCACUUCCCAGGUGAUUUAUUCUCAGUUUCACCAUAUUUCCAAAAGAACUUCCCAAACUUGUUUGUUUUAAAUGAAAGAGUUCCAAUGUUGGGAUACUGGAAGUACGGUUUUUUCAGCAUGACAGCAGUUGGUGCCACCAAUGUUGGUUCUAUCAAGUUGAACUUUGACAGUCAAUUGAAGACCAACAACUGUAAGCACGUUUCAUUACCUCACGCUUUGUAUGAGGCUUCAUUUAUUGGUGCCAACAGUCAAUUGAACGGUGUUCCAUUGCUAAAGGGUGAAGAGAUGGGUGGUUUUGAAUUCGGUAGUACUGUUGUCUUGACAUUUGAAGCACCACCACACUUUAAGUUCAACGUUUUGAGAGGUCAAAAGGUCAGGGUUGGUGAGAAGUUAGGUGGUUCUAUUGAAUCUGAAAUUUAA